AUGAGUGCGGAUGUAGUGAUGCCCGAAACGCCUGAAUAUUACAUCAAAUACAUAGACACGUAUAUCACGAUGUCAGGCGACCAGAAAGACUCUUACGAAGCGAUGGUAUCAUCAGCCGUGAAGACCCGAAUAACUCCAACGACCUUUGAGAAGAUGAAGAAGUGGUUAACCCAUCCAGCGUUGUGUAAUAAAAAUAUCGAAGGGUGUAAGUUAGAGUUUAUUAUAGGAUUAAUUGAUCAGAUCUGCCGAGGAAGUGAGAAGAAAAUAGCAGUCUUAGGUCCAUAUAGUAAAACACUGAGUUAUAUAGCGUCGAAGUAUGAAGCAAAUAUCAUUGAAAAAGAUUCGACGAAACGGAGGAAUCGAGCGGUGAGUGAUAUCAUUGGGUGUCUUGACACCACUGAGGUCGACGCCUUAUUUUCUCGUCACAAAAUAUUGGAGGACAAAGAGAUCAAACGGAACAAUUGGAUCGUCUGUGUGAACACAUUAGUGAAGCCGCAAGGGAUCAAUUUGUCGUGUGUUGAUAUAGUGAUCGAUACGAACAACUCGUACUCCCCGCUCUUUGAAAAUGAUAUUAAACAGAAGUACCACAUGCUUGAGAAGAAGAACUUGAUUGUCUUUGAAUUGUCUGUUAAAGAUUCAAUCGACGAGAUUACUACUAUGAUGAAUGAAAUGGAUGAAGAACUGAGUGUGGACCAGGAACUUUUAGUCUAUUCAAAGUGUGUGAAAUCCGACAUCUUUGUGUAUGGGUAUACUGGAAGGUUAGUCGAGAUCUCAGAGAAACAACUGAUCGACACUUACUUGUGUUUCCAACAGAACGAAGUGACUAGACAAGUCGUCUUGGACAUCAACGGGAAAGUAAAGUGUGUGGUUCAGGACUUUGAGAAGAAGUAUGUCUUGAGCCCUGAUAUACUGGAAGGAAAUCUUGAGGACUUUAUUAAGCCAAAAGGCGCGACAAAAAGGGGACCUAAAAGAAAGGGGAGUGUGACUUAUGAGAAUGAAGAAGAGGGUAAAAAUACUAUUCAAACUGAAGAACAUAAGAUGGAGGAGAAAGAUAGUGAUAUAGAACAUAGUGAGAAUGAAAAGGAUAAUAAACUGGAUGUCGAACAAAGUGUAGGGCAGGCGACUGCAAUGGAAAUAGAAAUAACAAAAGAGCAGAGGGAGGAGCAGAGGGAUUAUAGAGAACAAGAAAAGACGGGCGCACCUUUAAAAAUGGAAGAAGAUGAAAUGACACUUACGAACAAUACAAAUGCAACGCCCCCUUUUCAAGAGAAUCAAAUGAUUGACAAAAUAGAAGAAGAAAAGUGUAUUAAAAAACAAUUCAAAACAAAAAGGACCAAGUAG